AUGUCUCUGCGAGCUGAGUUAUCCGUCUUCGAGGAACAGCCUGCGGCCUACUGUGGCAUCCACGGCCAUCACGCGACCGCAAACCACCCCGACACUGCACAAUUGACGUACAGCCUGGCCCCGCGCGGCCUACUGUGGCAUCCACGGCCGUCACGUGACCGGACGUCCGCCGACCUACGAGGGUCCAUACCCCGCCAGACCCUUGUAUCCAGCGCGGCCUACUGUGGCAUCCACGGCCAUCACGCGACCGCAAACCACCCCGACACUGCACAAUUGACGUACAGCCUGGCCCCGCGCGGCCUACUGUGGCAUCCACGGCCGUCACGUGACCGGACGUCCGGCGUCCUACGAGGGUCCAUACCUCGCCAGACCCUCGUACCCAGCGCGGUCUACUGUGGCAUCGGCGGCCAUCACGUGACCCCAUUCCACCCAAACACGGCACAGCCGACGUACAGCCUGGACCCGCGCGGUAUACUGUGGCAUCCACGGCCGUCACGUGAGCGGACGCCCGGCUACCUACGAGGGUCCAUACCCCGCCAGACCCUCGUACCCAGCACAACUGGGCUGUUGGGAUCCUUUCAUGUCAGACCGGCAUGCCAUGUGACUACCGAGCACUACACGUGGUCAGCUUCGUGGGUCUUGCAGCCUACUCGGAGAGCCUUCGCAGCCGACUGCUGUGGGCCAAGACACAGCGCCUUCGUGGAUUCCUCUCUGCGGUCGUAUCGCAUUUUAUGGACACGGAAUUCGCUGGGUGGUUUUGGAUGUCCGAGUUUCGGCGGCGUAUUCAACUACGGGAACUUCGAGGGCGAUGUGCAGUUCACGUGUGCCCUCACCAACAGUUGCGUCAAAGAAGAACGUCGUCGCGGCAAAAAUCAAAGCUUUCGAAAUUCGCUGUAUGGUUUUGGAUGUCCCAGUUUCGACAUCUUCGUGGGGUCUAGCCACCGACUCCGACAGCACUCUUCUUGGCCAAGCCACGGCGCCUUCGUACCUUCCUAUUUGUGGCCGUAUCACGUUUUAUAGACACGGGUCUACCCACCGACUCCGACAGCACUC